GCCAUACUAUACCUUGGGCAUACAGAUCAAAGAUCCUGCUAAUGAAUAUUUCAAACAUCUUCUAUAUGAUUGAUCAGCUAAAAACUCCUCCACCCUGCAACAACACCUCAGAGACACAUCCUCCCUGUCCCCUGCCCAUCAUAUCAACUAUCUACCAGGAUGCUCAUGUGGAAUGCAGUGGUGCAAAUACCAAUCUCCAAAGCUGCAGGGUUAUCGUGCGCCUCAACCAUUCGGUGCCUAUAUGUGCAGUCAGUACUGCAUUGAUGACUGUGUUCAAUGAUGAGCAUGGUAUUGGCUAUAAUGGAACGGUGACCCGAGCAGCCAUUUGUGGCUACCCAAGAUCCAGUGGAGGUCUAUUGAAUUCGAACUUCACGUGGGAGAGUAUCAACCUCAACACCACUUUGUUCUGUGAGGCUGAAAAGACCACUGUCAUCGUCAGCUGCAAACAAGGGAAAAAUGUGUGUGUGCUCCUGAAUGAAAUGUGCGACCCCAUGCCUCCUUCUACUUCACCCAGCCCAAUGGCCAACACCACUUUACCUGCAACAACAAUACUGCCUCCUCCACCCAAUGUCACUAUACACCUAAACACCCCCUACGUCCCAUUGAACACAACAUUAGCUCCACUAAACACCACUUCUACAGCUCCAAAUACUACACCAUCAGCUCCAAAUACAACCAUCGCCACGACAACCCGGGGUAAUACCACUACAAACUCAUCAACGCCCAUCAUUCCACCAGUGAAUUUCACAACAGCUUCCCCAAAGUACACCACGACAGCUGUUAUAACAACCACCGCAGCGCCCAACACCACAGCAGCCAGUAGUGAAGAGCAGGCCAAUCAGCUGCUGGAUCUGACUAGUAACGUGUCCAAGCUCAACUCCUCCCAGGUGGACCAGCUGGUGUCCCAGCUAGAGGCCCUGUUGGCCGGGCCCAAUGUCAGCCUGGCUCUGGGGAAAACCUCUGUCAAAAUCGUUAGCAACCUGCUGGGUGCCUCCUCUGACACCCUGGCCUCCUCCUCCACCAAGAUCAUUGGGAUUGUUGAUACGGUGGGCCUGAAGCUGGUCGUUCAGCAAGACGCUACAAUUUUAACCAAGUCGGUUGCUGUCGCAGUCAAAACAGUGGACGGCACUAAUUUCCAGCAAACAUCUUUCUCCAUCCCGGACCCCAACAAUGUGCAGAUCCGUGGAGAUGGCAGAGCCAGGAGAAGUGUGAGAACAGAGGCGUCCUCCCUUCCCCAGGGCUCCAUCACGUUCCCCUCCUCCCUCACAGCGAACCUCUCCCAUGAGCAGCAGCUACAAGCCUCCAGACUCCAGUUCAACUUCUACCAGAAGGCCACUGUGUUCCAGGACCGAGCCCUGGGAGAUAGCAGGCUGUACAGUGGGAUCCUGGGAGCCAGUGUGGCCAACCUGUCAAUCAAAUCUCUGCAGGAGGACGUGGUGAUCACCCUGAGAAACACUGAGCCCGUCCCAGCAAAUGUUGUGGUUUCAUGUGUUUUCUGGGACUUUGGCUUGAAUAAUGGCUCAGGAGGCUGGAACCGAAAAGGCUGCUCUGUCAGGAACAGCACAGAUAAUCAGACUGUCUGUGCCUGUAACCAUCUCACCAGCUUCGGUGUGCUACUGGACAUCUCCAGAACGGGCAUAACCAAUCAUCUCCAGGCCACAAUCCUCACCUACAUCACCUACAUCGGCUGUGGUAUCUCCGCCAUCUUCCUCUCCGUCACUCUGCUCACCUACCUGGCCUUUGGGAAACUGCGUAAGGACAUCCCAUCUAAGAUCCUGAUCCAMCUGUGUGUGGCGCUGUUGUUUUUAAACCUGGUGUUCCUGGUAGAUGCCUGGCUGGCCCUCUACACUGAGGCUGUGGGCCUGUGCAUCUCCACCGCCUGGUUCCUGCACUACUUCCUGCUGGCUUCCUUCACCUGGAUGGGCCUGGAGGCCGUCCACAUGUACCUGGCKRUUGUCAAGGUCUUCAACACAUACAUAAAACGCUAUAUGCUUAAGUUCUCUCUCGUCGGCUGGGGCGUCCCACUCCUUGUGGUCAUCGUCGUUAUUGCUGUUGAUCCGAAAAAUUACGGCCUUGUUGGCUACGGAAAGUACUCAGAUAACUCCCCUACAGAUGACUUCUGCUGGCUGAAGAUCGACAUUGCCUUCUACGUAUCUGUGGUGGCCUACUUCUGUGUCAUCUUCCUGUUGAACCUCAGCAUGUUUGUGGUGGUGAUGGUUCAGCUGUGUCGGAUAAAGAGUCAGAACCCCCACAACAUGAGGCACCGUAACGGGCUGCAGGACCUGCGCAGUGUGGUUGGGCUCACCCUACUCCUGGGCCUCACCUGGGGCUUUGCCUUCUUCGCCUGGGGGCCCGUCAACCUGGCCUUCAUGUACCUCUUCGCCAUCUUCAACUCCUUUCAAGGGUUCUUUAUCUUUUUGUUCCACUGCGCUGUGAAGGAGAACGUGAGGAGGCAGUGGAGGACUUWUCUCUGCUGUGGUAGACUGAGACUGGCAGAGAACUCAGACUGGAGCCGCACGGCUACACAGAAGACGGAGAAGAAGUCAUUGUCAGUGACCAGAGCCACGUCCUUCCGCUCCGGCAACUCUUCCCAGUUCAACCAUACCUCCAGCUCCUCCUUCUUGACCAGUGACUCCCCAGAGCAGCCCAGUGGAGCAACAGGAAGUCUAUUUGAUGACAGAACCAUCACAGGCCUUGAGGAGCUCAACUCAGACGUGGUCCUCAAUGAGGUGAACAGCCAAUUCAGGACUCAGAGUCAGAGAUCAGCCUGAGUCCUGUGAAACACUAGGGCCAAGUGUAGGCUGGUAGGGGAGUGGACUUACGUGAGACAGUGUGUUUCAUAGUAUUUUCUAUGUUUAUAUUAAAUAUUUGAAUGUUAAUGCUGCAUUUAGUAGUUUAAUGGAAGUGUGUGACAGACCACACUAAAGAGAUGGGACAUCACUGAAGAUACAGCAUGCUCAUGGAUUUCGUCCAGUUGACCUACCAAUACUAUCAUGAACUCGUCUAGGCUGGCACCUUUGAUUGUGAAUAUCAAUGCAUGUACUGUACUGAAAAGGUAUCUACAGUAGCACGGAGGAAAAACCCAGCUCUUACUGUAGAUCCUCACGAGCUGCAUCCUAUGACUGCAUACUACAUGUUUUAUCGUUUUUCUCAGCAUUCUUCAGAGGCAUAAGCUGACACAUACUAACACUCUGUCACUACCUGGUUUGAUUUCAUUUAAAAUAAAGGCAAAGCUCUUUUAUACUAUACUCAGAAUCAAGAUAUUUCCACGAGGUAUAUAUGUACAUAUGUUUUAAAGAGGUAUCAUAACAAUGGGAGUGUAAUUAAAUGUUAUUUCACCAAUAACAAUUGUAUAAAUAAAAUGAAAUGUUUUAUUUUAA